UUAACAAGAUUUCAAAGCGCCUGCGAGUCACCUUGCACAACAGUGUCACAGAAGAGACGAAGCCCUCUGCAAACGCUUGCUUCUCAGCCCAGUGUGUGUCAUCAAAUGCAUGGUAAAUAAGGAUCUAAGCAUAAAAGCCAGCAAGCUCCCUCACCAACAACGUAAAAAAAAAAGGAAGCACCAACUUGAAACAAGAUCUGCAAGGGUAAAAAAAAAAUGUCCUUGUUUGUCAUGGUAAUCGUUGCUGUUUUGUGGCAGUGUCAUACUGCCGCUUCAAAAGAGGACAGUGGACAUUACAUUGCUGCUGUUUAUGAGCACAGAGUCAUGCUGAACCCAAACCCCAGUCACGUGUGCAGCCGGCAGGAAGCGCUGGAGCACAUGAACAAAAACCUGGAGAUAUUUGAACAACAAGCAACCGAGGCAGCUAAACAAGGAGCUCAGAUAAUUGUGUUUCCAGAGGAUGGUAUUCAAGGCUUCAACUUUACAAGAGAGUCAAUUCAAGGGUAUGUGGAGUGUAUCCCAGACCCCAAAUUGGUGACAUGGAGCCCCUGUUUACAUCCACAAAGGUUCCCUAACACAGAGGUUCUACAUCGUCUAAGCUGUAUGGCAAGAAAUAACAGAAUGUACUUGGUAGCAAACAUGCCGGAUCAGCAGGAGUGUAACCACAGUGAACCACAUUGUCCUCCCGAUGGAAGAUACGUUUUCAAUACUGACGUGGUCUUCCGUGAUGACGGGACUCUGAUCGCCAAGUAUCACAAACAAAACUUGUAUUUUGAGGCAGCUUUCAAUACCCCACCAGAAUAUGAGCAUGUCACAUUCGACACACCAUUUGCUGGGAAGUUCGGCAUCUUUACUUGCUUUGACAUACUCUUUUACGAGCCUACCAUAACUCUAAUAGAAAAGUAUAAGGUGAAGCAAAUCAUCUACCCCACUGCCUGGAUGAAUCAGCUACCACUACUGUCUGCUAUUCAGAUCCAGCAGUCAUUUGCAACUGCAUUUGGAUUAAACAUUCUGGCAGCCAAUAUUCUCCGUAUUGACUUGAAUAUGACGGGCAGCGGCAUAUAUACCCCUUCACACUCGGUUUACCAUUACAACACAGAUACUGAGGAAGGCAGACUUCUAGUGACCAAGGUUCCUGUGCUCACAAACAGUGGUGGUGGCUCUUUUAAGAGCAACGUCUGUGAGGUUUCCAAUGUGCAGCCCCAUACACAAUCUUCAUUCUUUGUAAAAAGAGACCGAGAGUGUAGUGGACACUCUAUACCAAGUCUCGAAUCUGCCCAGGCCCCUUCCAGCACCUUCCAUGCAAUAAUGAUGUAUGAUAAUUACACGUUUGUCCCUGUUGUCGAAACACAAGGUGACUUGACAGUAUGUGAUGGCUAUUUCUGCUGCCGAGUCACAUAUCAACGAACCAGCCCUACCAGUGAGCUCUAUUCCCUCGGUGCUUUUAAUGGGCUGCACACAGUCCACGGUAUUUAUUACCUGGAGGUGUGCGCCCUGGUCAAGUGUGCAAACUCAAGCUGGGAAAGCUGUGGAGAAGGAGUUGCAGAGGCCGAAAGCAGUCUAGAUUUCCAUUUACAGGGGAACUUUACUACCCCUUAUAUUUUCCCACAGAUACUGGCUAGUGAGAUGCGGCUUGCCACAGCAGACAGCACGGGCUGGGACAGAGGCAGCUACAUCAUGAGUAAGAAAGGCAUGUCUGUUGGCCUUGUAACUGCUGCUUUGUACGGAAGGGUUUAUGAAAGAGACCAUACACUAGUGUGAAAAUUUAAAUGUACUGUAGGUUAUUAAAAUAAUGAUGUAUAUAAUUAAGCACAAACUCAUUUUCCCUUCUAGUAACACAUUUCUCAAAACUGACACAAGGCCACUGGCUUCUGUCAAGUCACUUUGACAGCUUCCCCUCACAGCUCUGGAAACACUUCCUGCUGUCUUCAGUCCUGGGCGCCACCGCUUCUUUUCCCUAGAUUUAUGAGUUGGGGUUCGUUUUAAUCAAUAUGUGAUGGAAAGUAUGUAUAGUGGUCCAGUGGUUAAAGAAUAGGGCUUGAUACCAGGAGGCUCCUGAUUCAAUUCCCAGCUCAGCCACUGAGUUAC